AUGUCUGUAGCUGUCGGGAACCAGCCAGUUCUCGGCCGCGGCAUCUUCAGGUCCACCCGCAUUGAGCUGACCAAAGCCCAGCUUCCUUCAGGUGUGGAUCAUCUGACGGCCAGGGAAACGGCCCUUGGUCCCAGGCAGUGUGGGAGUGAUAUGCUCCUUAUUAUGCAGUUUGGACGUGACCACCUGGUGCAUGUGAACUCUGGCCACUGCCUCGGGGCUUCCCAAAGAUGGAGACCUGAACUUCCACUGGGAAAGAUCAAAUUUCUGAGCCUUCAGAACUCUGCAGCAGACAGGCCUAAACUGAAGGUGGCCAGCCCUGACCUGAGAGGAGAGAGAUGCUGGCCUGACAAGGAGUCCCGGGCAUGCAGUAGAGCCUUGCUGGGGGAAAUGUCAGCUUGGACAAUGGGCGCCCGCAGUCUGGACAAGCGAGGAAGUUUCUUUAAGGUAAAAGAAAACCGGAUUUGGGAUCUCCGCUCUGCUCCCUCUCUGUGGCUGCCUGGGGAGCUGCAGGCACCCGAAACUGCAGACUGGAGCUUGGAAGCCUGCUGGCUGAACCAGCUGGGGCCAGGGGAGCUUCGUGUCUCCGUUCCUAACAGCUACAUCUUGAGUAUUCAGCAGCCAUACAUGGCUAGGGCUGCCACACUGGACUAUGUGGUGUUGGAGAAGGCCAUGCACAAAUGCAUCUUGAAGCCCCUCAAGGGCCACGUGGAGGCCAUGCUGAAGGACUUCCACACAGCUGACGGCUCGUGGAAACAACUCAAGGAAAACUUACAACUCGUGCGGCAGAGGAACCCACAGGAGCUGGGGGUCUUUGCCCCAACCCCUGACUUGGUGGAGCUGGAGAAAAUCAAGCUGAAAUUCAUGACCAUGCAGAAGAUGUACUCACCAGAAAAGAAAGUCAUGCUUCUGCUGAGUGUCUGCAAGCUCAUCUACACGGUCAUGGAGAACAACUCAGGGAGGAUGUACGGUGCGGACGACUUCUUGCCAGUCCUGACCUACGUCAUAGCUCAGUGUGACAUGCUUGAACUGGACACUGAAAUCGAGUACAUGAUGGAACUCCUGGACCCGUCCCUGCUGCAGGGAGAAGGAGGCUAUUACCUGACGAGCGCCUAUGGAGCCCUGUCUCUGAUAAAGAAUUUCCAGGAAGAACAGGCUGCGAGACUGCUCAGCUCAGAGGCCAGGGACACCCUGAGGCAGUGGCACAAGCGGAGAACCACCAACCGAACCAUCCCCUCCGUAGAUGACUUCCAGAAUUACCUCCGAGUUGCCUUCCAAGAGGUCAACAGUGGAUGCACCGGGAAGACCCUCCUUGUGAGACCGUACAUCACCACAGAGGAUGUGUGUCAGCUCUGUGCUGAGAAGUUUAAGGUGGAGGACCCGGAGGAGUACAGCCUCUUUCUCUUUGUUGAUGAAACAUGGCAGCAGUUGGCAGAGGACACGUAUCCUCAAAAGAUCAAGGCUGAGCUGCAUAGCCGGCCUCAGCCCCACAUCUUUCACUUUGUCUACAGGCGAAUCAAGAGUGACCCUUAUGGUGUGAUUUUCCAGAAUGGGGAAGACCUCACUCCUUUAUAGAGGACACACAGGCUUCCCAUUAACACCUCUAAAGUGGAGCUAGGCAUCUGGCCUUCUGGCUGCCACAUGGUUGAGCUUGGAAGACAGCUGCCUCUUCAAGGCCCCUCAGUUCAGUGACAGCCAUCUAUCUGUAGGCUGGCUUGGCCAAGGGCAUCUUUUGGACACAUUGUCCAAAUGAAGUAGCUGAGGUUUGUGAAAUACUAAGAUUCUCCUCCAGAAAUGUAUUUGAUGGUUCAGGUGUCCUGAGAUCACUGGCUUCUUAGCCAGCUUCUGGGUUGGCUUACAUGUAUGUAUAUGUGCUGAGAAACAUGUUAAGGUACAGACUCGUCUCUUGGAUUCGAUAGCAGGUGUUGACAAGACUGUCUGACGCAGCGCGUCAGGUACCUCUCAGCUCCGUGGGUGGCUCCAAGCUCCCCCUUUCCCUUUUUUCCUCCAUCCUGCAUUCUACACUUUUUUUUUAAAAAGAGCCUUUUGUGUUUUUAUAUAUUUCAUAGAAAAUUCUAUAGCAGUUGCAGGUAAACUGUCAGGAUUGGUUUUUAAAAUAUUUUUGUAACUUUUAAAAUAUUCUUAUAAGUAUGCAUGUGACUUAACAUUUAAUAUUUGAAGAUAAAUCUCUUGCUGGAUUUGAGAGUACUGCCUUUUAGAUGUCUCUUAGACAUCUCUCCUCUGUAACUGGAUGUUUCAGCAAAUUUGGGGAGAGACUUCCGGUUGUCUUAAAGCAACCGCCCCUGACGCUGGCCACAGGCUGCCUUUGAAAAAUCAGAUGUACUGUUCUAUUGGUCACCGUUGGUGGUGGUGUACUGUUUGCUAUUUGUUUAUAUUUUUUAAGCAAUUGAUGCUGAGAAUUAGGAGAAGAGAAACGAAUGUAGAGAAAGGUAGAGAGAGAAAAACAUAGACUCUAAGGAGGACUGAGGAAUGUAGUCUGCAGGUUCAGGCUCUUCAGAAGACACAGGAGAAGGGGUCAAGACUGUAAGUACGUGCUGCAGUGAGCUUUGACAAAGAUCUGGGCCAUAUGCUAUCUGCUUUGGGAAACAGUUUUAAGAAUCCCCACAAGGAAAAAUAAACCAAGGAUAACGCUCCCAAGGCCCCAUUUUGUAAGCCAGAACUAAUGGCAGCCCAUUAUUUGGAGGCAGAAACCAAGUUAUAAAAUAUGGCUUCUGCUGAGUUCAGCAAGAUAGUGAUUUAAAAAAAAAAAAAAAGUACCAAAAGCAAAUAAAAAACAAACCAAAAACAAAAAAAAACAAAAACCCUCUUUUGAUAUAAGAAUGGACAUUGGUUCAGUGGUAGAGCUGGCGGGCACGAACUAGCAUGCUGGGUUCCAGCCUCAGCAUGACAAAUAUGAGCAAAACAAAACAAGCAGAAAAUGUGAUGUGUGGUGUAGAAAAUGAGUUUCUGGGCACACAGACUCUAGAACGGUCAUGUAUCGGUGCCACACAGGUCCUUGCCAAACCAAGCGCCAUUUUCCUGUACUGUGUAAGGGUGCACUGGCGUCUGAUUCAGGGGCCUUGCUCCUUGUACUUUUGGCUUUUGUUGUACUAGAACCCUCGGCACAUACUGUGUUGUACUUUCUUUUGUAAAUGAUUUUCAAUGGAAUUUUGCACAUAAUACAUUGUAAUACUGUACAAUAAUCCCGUGUAAAAUAAUUUUUGCAAUAUU